UGCCGCGCCGCUCCCCGCUCGCUGCCGCGCGCCUUGCUCCUCUCCGACAUGGCAAAAUUAUCCAGCCCUACAGAGACUGAACGGUGCAUCAAGUCUCUUAUUGCUGUUUUCCAAAAGCAUGCUGGAAGGGACGGUAACAACAGCAAACUCUCCAAGGCCGAGUUCCUAAUCUUCAUGAAUACGGAGCUGGGUGCCUUCACAAAGAACCAGAAGGACCCUGGUGUCCUUGACCGCAUGAUGAAGAAACUGGACUUCAACUCUGAUGGGCAGCUAGAUUUCCAAGAAUUUCUUAAUCUUAUUGGUGGUCUGGCCAUAGCUUGCCAUGAAUCCUUUAUGAAGUCUGCCUCUUCCCGGAAGUAGAUCUGAGGAGCCUUUGGGCCUGGCCUCCAGCCCCACUCCCCUUCCUUCCAGCCUCCCAGUUAUCAUCUACUCCUCACAGCCCACACAUAACCCUGAGCCCGGGCACCUGCCACCCUGUGCAGGCCACUCCUGUGGUAGUAAUAAAACAGUAUUGUUUUUUAAAGCAAAAAAAAAAAAAAAAAAAAAA